AUGACAUCAGUCGAUGUGUCCAAUAAUACGGGUUUAAUCAAACAUUUACAAUUUUUACUAUUCUCUACAAUUUUGGCAUAUUCCUGCUCUAUUUGCGUUGCGAUACCUCGACGGGGUAAUGAACCGUGGUCGGUCAUUUUGUGCAAAUUUGCGGAUAUUCCUUAUGAACCGAAGACACGAGAAUGGUUCAGCGAAUGGAUGAUUGGUCGAAAUAAACUUGAUACAAUAGAAAGAUACUUCUCAGAUGUUUCAAAUAAUGUUUAUACGAUAACGGGUUCAAGUAUUCAUGGAUGGUUCACACUACCAUGGACACUCAGCGAUGUGAAGCGAUUGGCUUUAGAAGAUCAGCAGUUACAGGAGAGUAGCGAACGAGAUUUCGCUGUUAGUUUUGAUUAUUCUGCAAAUUGCGAUGUUAUCAAUCUGGAUACCUUGGGCAUUGAUUGUGACAGUAGUAGUAGAUUACGUUAA